GAAGGAAGCGAAGCAUGGCCCAAGACUUGUCCUGCACGGUUCUCUCCCUUCAUUCUUCGUUUGUUUUUCAACGUUUCUUGUCCUUCAUCGGUCUUUCCCUCCACUCUUCCCACCUAAACCCAACACCACGGUCCACACCUCCACCGCCUCUGGCCGACACCGGACCAACUCCCUUCAGCAAACCAUUCCCUUCAUACUCGGUGAAAAAAGUAAAGGAAAUGGCUGAGGGAGAUGAGGAUUUGCCAAGGGAUGCAAAGAUUGUGAAGUCACUGCUGAAAUCAAUGGGUGUCGAGGCCUAUGAACCCCGUGUUAUACACCGAUUUUUAGAACUGUGGUAUCGAUAUGUUGUCGAUGUUUUAACUGAUGCACAGGUGUACUCAGAGCAUGCUGGUAAGGCUGCCAUAGACACUGGUGAUGUCAAGCUUGCUAUACAGUCAAAAGUCAAUUUUAGCUUCUCUCAACCACCACCAAGAGAGGUCUUACUAGAGCUGGCUCGAAAUCGGAACAAAAUACCAUUGCCGGGGACAAUAGCUGGGGCUGGUAUUCCUCUCCCACCUGAGCAGGAUACGCUGAUCAGCCCCAACUACCAACUUGCAAUCCCAAAGAAGCAACCUUCCCCAACAGUUGAAGAAACCGAGGAGGAUGAAGAGCUUGUUGAUCCCAAUCCCUCGCAAGAACAGAGGACAGAUAUGCCACAGCAUACUCCUCAAAGGGUCUCCUUUCCCCUCAUGAACCGCCCAAAAUGAAAACUUUAUGAACUAUGUAGGUGCAAUUAGAUCGUCUGAAGAUAUUGGAACCAAAAAAAAAAACUAUGCAUCUUCUUUAAUGCUGAUUUGUCCGGGAGUGACUUCUCAUUAGUGAGAAGGCUGGUAAACUGCAAUCUUACAAGAGGUGGGAAACAUUCAAAUUGAGCAGAUAACUGUAUUCAAGCGCUGCGGAAAGAACCCAUUUGUAAAUGGAUGCCUAAGACUUGUUUGCCAAGGGGCUAUGAAUGAAUUACUUGCUUCCUUUUA